AUUCCCGAUUACUCUUUCUCUUGAAUUUUCCUGGUCAUGCUUAUUUAAUACUGGCAGAGGAAAAGAGCGCCGACAUUUGUUCUUCUCGAAUCCUCAAGAUAAAGGACGCAUGGCCAGACAUCAUGGAAAAAGCCCCGAAACUGAGUGACUCCAAGGAGUCAAUGAACAAUGGAAACUUUAACUUGUCCUCCAAAGCCAACCUUGCUGCUGGCGGGGAUGACGACUACGACCCUGGGGACUACCGGGACUUCGUGGACGGUCUGGGAACUAUGGGAGCCCUGUUUCACAUGAUCAAGGGAAGUCUGGGUUCCGGAAUAUUGGCGAUGCCAAUGGCCUUCAAAAACGCAGGACUCUGGGUUGGGCUUAUUGGCGCCUUUCUCAUUGGUUUCCUCUGCACUCACUGUGUUCGCUUAUUGGCACUGUGUUCACAAGUUCUGUCGAAGAGAACGAGACAGCCGAGUCUGGGGUUCGCAGAGACAACGGAAGCAGCGUUUCUGACGGGUCCCGAAAGAUUACGAAAAUAUGCAGCGCCAGCAAGGGAGAUGGUGAAUAUCGGCUUGACGAUCACGUAUUAUUUUGGAGUAACCGUGUAUAUAGUUUUUAUCGCUACAAACUUUAAACAGGUGAUUGACAACCACUUAGGCAUCGACCUGAACAUCCGCCUCUACAUCGCGAUGCUCACUGUAGUCCUGAUACCCAUCGGGUGUAUCCGGAAGCUCAAGUACCUCGUUCCCCUGUCCUUCCUCGCCAUCGUCUUCCUCAUGUUCGGCUGCGGCGUGGUCCUGUACGAGGUCUUUGCCGAUAUACCCCCUCUCUCCUCCAGGCCCGCCUUCAACUCUUGGAAAAACCUUCCACUGUUCUACGCCACCAUGUGUUUCGCCAUCGAAGGGGUUGGAACGGUGCUUCCGAUAGAGAAUUCGAUGAAGAGACCAAGCAGUUUUCUGGGAUGUCCAGGCGUUCUGAACGUGGCCAUGUUCUGGUUAGUGCUCACCUACACAAUGGUGGGGUUCUUCGGCUAUCUGCGGUAUGGAGAUGCAACUCAGGGCGCUGUAACACUCAAUCUGGGAUUCACCGCAUUGGGGCAGACGGUGAAGAUCCUGGUGGCUCUGAACGUGCUCUUCUCCUGUCCUCUGCUACUGUACGUGCCUUGCGAGACUCUGUGGAAGUACAUGGACCCUAGGAUCAGCGAGGCAAACAAGACUCGAUCCUACUACACCAUGCGAGUCUUAAUGAUCCUGGGAUCAGUGGGGUUGGCUAUAAUAGUCCCCAACCUGGAGCCCAUAAUCGGGAUAGUGGGAGCCUUCUGCUUCUCCACCCUCGGCCUCCUCUUCCCUUCCAUCCUGGAGCUGGUGACCUUCUGGGGCAAUGACGUCUACAUGGGACGCUGGCGGUGGCGCUACUACAAGAACUACCUGCUGAUGGUGGCCUGGCUCAUAGCUCUGGUGGCCGGCAUGAAAGCCAGUAUCGGCGAAGUCAUUGACAUCUACUGGCCUUCAUCCUGAGUCGGAGGGAUCCUGCAAGGAUUUUGACUGAUCAAAAAUCAUAUAAUUCUAGUCCUUACGCUUUGUAGUCAUAUGACGAUCUAUAGUGUUAGCAAAUAGAGACUGCGGCUGGGGGUCAGGUAGUUUUACACCAGCACACGCAAACCCACACAAGUGCAAGGGCUGCAUUUCAGCCCUACUGCACCUAGUGCACUCCCCAAUCAAACCCGAGUUGUGUUAUUUAUAAUUUUAUCGUAAUGUAAUUAGUACACAGCGUGUUCAAAAAAGGGUGUCACAAAUAUUAUGUGGCUGAUAGAAUUUUCAGACAUAAAAAUGUUAUAUAAACAUAGGUAGAUAAAUGUUUCUUUUAGCCGCUAGCCGCUUUUUUGUGUUUAUGUUAUAAAAAAAUGUUACCUCUAAAACUAGUUGAGCUAAAGAAACCAAGUUUGGCACUUAGUUUUGAAUGCGCCAGGAGCAACAAACAACUGAUACCUCUCAACUGUGACAUGUUUGGCGCUUCCGGCUUGUGCGAGCGUAGGCCCUACCAUUAAAAAUGAUCGUGCUGUCUAUGCAUUGAUGGAUUUCGUUGCAACAAGUACCGUUGGAAUUUUAGUGGAUAUCUUCAAAUAAUUGGUAUCUAGUAAAUGUUUUCUAACUAUACUGGUUACUUUUGUAAUUUUACUUGAAAUAUUUUCAACAGAUCCCGUUUUGUUAAUAUUAAAGGAAAUAACACAAUAGUGUUUUUUCCUCUUAUCUAUUCAAACCUAUGUGCCAAAUUUGGUUUCUUCAGUUUAACUAGUUUUAGAAAUAAUAAUUUUUUUAAUACAAAAUUGGUGGCUAGCGGCUAAACGAGACAUUUCUCGACCUAUGUUUAUAUGACAUGUUUUGUUUUAAAUUAUGAAUACUACCACCCAUACAAGUUUGUGACAUCCUUUAGUGAACACCCUGUAUACAUAGUAAAAUUCAUAAAAAAGCUGCACCAAACAAAGUAUAAUACACUGAAAUAGUCGCAGAGUAUUGCUUAUUCUUGAGUCCCAGAAAUUACUGAAUACCCCGGGAUGGAAAACGGCAGGUUGCUGGGCUGGCCUCAACCCUCUGCGCUCGUGAGUGUGAGGGUGCGUGCACGCGAGGCAACUACUACUUGGAUCUUCAGCCGCAAUCCCUAACUGCUGAUACUGUACAUUCCAAAGCUUUAAUCUUUAAGUGCCAUGUGCAAUGAAAACAUGGUAGUCUGGGAGCCGAGAACCAGUUUGCAUUGUAUGUACACAAACCUGGUUUUUUUUCAAAUUGGUAGAAAAAUCAUUCCUAAAAAAGGAAUAAAU